GUCUUUGUUUAUGCAUUCUCGAUCGGGCUGGUUCAGCGAGCGUUUCUUUUGUGCUGCUGCUUUCGAACCGUACACAUCUAUCCAGUAAUAGUGCAAAUCGUGACAGCUUAUUAUGGAAAUGGAUAUGAUUGGCAUACAAGUGGACCAACGCAGGGAUACCCAGGUUAGCCGCAAGGGUUCAAAUGAGCGAUAUUCUAUCGACGUACUGCUGGACCCAAAACACCGGCCCAGGCAUGCGCGAGAAAUCUCACAGUCCACGCAAAGUGCACCCGCACUCGGCUCCUGAGCUGCAGAGCUCGCCCCUAGCAGGCUUAACCAGUCCGAGGCAGGCCGCCAUCUACCCGCUGACAGUGCGGGUGCCUGAAGCCAUCAACAACGAACCAUUCGAUUUAUCGCUUUCAGUGAACAUGGAUCCUCACAUGUCUCCUGCCUCGGCCGAUGUCCAACAGCUCAAAUCUAAUAAUUUAGAUCAACCUCUAGAUCUGCGAGUGGAUAGAAAGAAGGAUGGAAACCAAAAUCGUACUAGAUUAAAAGACGAAAAUUGUAACUUAAUACUUCGCACACCAUCACCAUAUCCUCAAAGUGUGCACCCUUUUGUAUUAGAAACGAUGGCUAAAGUUGCCAGUUUGCCAUUUACAGCUGGAUAUCCAUUGAACAUCCAAUUGCAACGAUACCCUCAACAAAAUGUUCCCGCUCAGCAUAUUCCGAACAGUAGAGUGGAUCUUCAGCAGACGCAGCUGGUGACGGCGCAACAGAAUCUAACCAAAGCCAAAGACCGAUAUGCCUGCAAAUUCUGUGGCAAAGUAUUUCCGCGAAGCGCUAAUCUAACGCGGCAUCUGCGGACACAUACAGGCGAACAGCCCUACAAGUGUAAAUAUUGCGAAAGGUCGUUUAGCAUUAGCAGCAAUCUUCAGCGACACGUUAGAAAUAUACAUAAUAAAGAGAAACCUUUCAAAUGUCCGUUAUGUGAACGUUGCUUUGGUCAACAAACUAAUUUAGAUAGACACCUCAAAAAGCACGAAGCUGACGGUACCAGCGCUGUUUUGAGAAGACUGUCGGACGAUUGUUACUUUGAAGAAAUUCGAACAUUCAUGGGUAAAGUGACAGACUCUACCAGUAGAGCUAAAUCUUCAUUUUUAGGCCAUCAAGCGUGGUUGGAAAGGCAUCAAAAUCUCGACCGAAGUGCAUCCCAUGAUCUAGCAGGUCGAAAUCUUCACUCAAGAUCAAGAGCCGAAGAAAAUUUUAUAUCCGAUAUUGGAAGUCGAAACGAAAACUCUCAACACAGCGAUGUUAUUUUAGACGAAAGAUCUUCUGAAAAAUCAAGUGCAAGCUUAGUACCAGAUGCUCGUGAUUUAAAAACGAUAUCACGAAGAUCGCGGUCCACAAUUCAGAACAAAUGCACGGUGGUCGAAGACGAUUCAAGCAACAUCAUCGACACUGAUAGCGAAAUGGUCCAGGAAGAAUACAACGAUAAUGCGGAUAAACAAAAUAUGAAAGACAAAAAUCAAGACGAGGAUAAAUGUGGAACGUAGUAACAUUAUUUCGCUCAAACAAUAAUCGAAUGUGCUAAUGUAACAAGGUGCAUUCAUCUACUUCACCAACUAAAGGAAAAUAAUUCUAGGCUAGAGUGCCGGUUGUCUAAUCAUUUUAUGGAGC